AUGUGGCCAUCUUUAAUAGCUAAAGCGAAGGAAGGAGGAAUAGACGUGAUACAGACCUAUGUAUUUUGGAACCUUCAUGAGCCCAUUCAGGGGCAGUAUGACUUCAGUGGAGGGAAGGAUUUGGUAGGAUUCAUAAAGGAAAUUCAAGCACAAGGCCUUUAUGUGUGCCUUAGAAUUGGACCUUUCAUUGAGAGCGAAUGGACCUACGGUGGUCUCCCUUUUUGGCUGCAUGACGUCCCUGGAAUCAUCUUUCGAUCUGAUAAUGAACCCUUCAAAUAUCACAUGCAGAGGUUUGUAACACACAUAGUCAACUUCAUGAAAUCUCAGAAAUUAUUUGCUUCACAAGGAGGGCCUAUCAUACUAUCACAGAUUGAGAAUGAGUACCAAAAUGUAGAAGCCGCUUUUCACGAGAAGGGCCCACCUUACAUUCGCUGGGCUGCAGCCAUGGCCGUAGGGCUUCAAACUGGUGUGCCCUGGGUGAUGUGCAAGCAAGACGAUGCUCCUGACCCUGUGAUCAAUGCAUGCAAUGGACUUCGAUGUGGAGAAACAUUUGCAGGACCGAACUCACCAAAUAAGCCAGCAAUUUGGACAGAGAACUGGGUUAGCCAGUAUCAAGUAUAUGGUGGAGACCCAACCUUGAGAUCAGCUGAAGACAUUGCAUUUCAUGUUGCGUUGUUCAUUGCGAAAAAAGGAAGCUAUGUCAAUUACUAUAUGUAUCACGGAGGAACUAAUUUUGGAAGAACAGCCUCUGCAUUUGUAACAACAAGUUACUAUGAUCAAGCCCCUCUUGAUGAGUAUGGUUUAAUUAGACAACCAAAAUGGGGUCACCUUAAGGAACUACAUGCUGCAAUAAAGUCAUGUUCGAAGCCUUUAAUUACUGGAGCAUAUAAUAAUUACUCCAUUGGGCAAGAACAAGAGGCUCAUGUCUAUAAAGUUAAUUCAAGAGAAUGCACUGCUUUUCUAGUAAACAAGGAUGAGAUACUAGAUAGGACUGCAUCUUUUCAGAAUUCGACAUUCAAUCUGCCUAGAAAGUCAAUAAGCAUCCUACCAGACUGCAAAGCUAUAGUUUUCAACACUGCAAAGGUGAGCAUGGGAUACAACAAGAGAUCAAUGAUGACCAGUCAAGCAUUUAGCUCAAGCGGAAAAUGGGAAGAGUACAAAGAAACUAUCCCUACCUUUGAAGACACAUUGUUUAGAGCAAACUCACUGCUAGAGCACAUGAGUACAACGAAAGAUGCAUCUGAUUACCUUUGGUACACAUUCAGGUUUCAACGGGAUUUAGCUGAUGCCAUGUCUGUGCUUAAUGUGAGCUCUCAAGGGCAUGUUUUGCAUGCAUUCAUCAAUGGAGCAUUCAUUGGAUCUGCUCAUGGAAGUCACGACGAUCCACGUUUCACCCUGCAGAAAAAUGUGCAUUUAAAUAAAGGGACAAACAAUGUUGCCUUACUCAGCGUAACAGUUGGAUUACCAGAUUCAGGAGCAUAUCUUGAGCGUAGAGUUGCUGGAUUACGUAAAGUGAAGGUUCAAAACCAUGACUUCACCAACUAUUCAUGGGGAUACCAGGUUGGGUUGUUGGGAGAAAAGUUACAAAUUUACACAGAUCAAGGAUCAGACAAGGUCAAAUGGAGUCCGUACCAAAGCUCUAGUUAUCGACAGCUCACAUGGUAUAAGACUAUAUUUGACAUUCCUGUUGGAAAUACUCCGGUCGCAUUGAACCUUGGUUCCAUGGGAAAGGGUGAAGCAUGGGUUAAUGGCAAUAGCAUUGGAAGAUAUUGGGUCUCGUUCCGAACUUCCACAGGAAAUCCUGCACAAAAAUGGUAUCACAUACCUCGGUCGUUCCUCAAACCAGCAAACAACGUAUUAAUUCUAUUGGAAGAAGAGGAAGGGGAGCCCCUGGGGAUUACCAUUGACACUGUUUCAAUUACAUAAGUAGAUGGUAUAAGAUUAACCUUGGCAGAAGCCCAACAGUUCAAGUCUUGCGAUUGGAAGUUGAGAUUUCGAUCUUCUGGCGUGGUUCACCGACUGUUUUGUUGGAUUGUUUGGGGGAAGUGAUCUGCUGGAUUUCAUGGAAGACCACCGAUGGCUGUGACGACUCCUCACUUUCAUUAAUGAGGAGAAUAAAAAAAAAUGUAUUGAAAGUUGAAAAAAUAAAUUAUUUUAAGUUUAAAGAGAUAA